CAGGAUGGGAGUCCCAGCUCCUGGAAACAGGGUUCCUGGGGGUGUUCCUGUGCCCGCUGUGGACCCUGGCGCGACUGCCCAGGCACAGCCCCACGUCCCGGGUCGUCCUGUGGGGCUUCCGCUGGCUGGUGUUCAGGAUCAUGCUCGGCGCGGGCCUGAUCAAGAUCCGGGGGGACCCGUGCUGGCGAGACCUCACCUGCAUGGACUUCCACUACGAGACCCAGCCGGUGCCCAACCCGAUGGCCUACUACCUGCACAGGUCGCCCUGGUGGUUCCACCGCUUCGAGACGCUCAGCAACCACUUCCUGGAGCUGGUGGUGCCCUUCUUCCUCUUCCUGGGCCGCCGCAUGUGCAUCCUGCACGGGCUGCUGCAGAUCCUGUUCCAGGUGGUGCUCAUCGUGAGCGGGAACCUGAGCUUCCUGAACUGGCUGACCAUCGUGCCCAGCCUCGCCUGCUUCGACGACGCAGCCCUGGGGCCGCUGUUUCCCUCCGGGCCGCGCAGCCUCAAGGGCCGUGUCCUGGCGGUGCAGCAGGAGGACGCCCGCGGGGCCGGGCCCCCACCCAGACUGGGCUGUGUGGUGCGGCGGGCAGCCAACCUCUCGCUGGGCGUCCUGGUGGCCUGGCUCAGCGUCCCCGUGGUCCUCAACUUGCUGAACGCCAAGCAGGUCAUGAACGCCUCCUUCGGCCCUCUCAGGAUCGUCAACACCUACGGGGCCUUCGGAAGCGUCACCAAGGAGCGGACAGAGGUGAUCCUGCAGGGCACAGCCAGCCCCAACGCUAGCGCCCCCGACGCGGUGUGGGAGGACUUCGAGUUCCAGUGCAAGCCCGGGGACCCCCGGAGACGGCCCUGCCUCAUCUCCCCCUACCACUACCGCCUGGACUGGCUCAUGUGGUUCGCAGCCUUCCAGACCUACGAGCACAACGAGUGGAUCAUCCACCUGGCCGGCAAGCUCCUCGCCAACGACCCCGAGGCCCUGUCCCUGCUGGCGCUCAGCCCCUUCUCCGGCAGGGACCCCCCCAGGUGGGUCCGAGGAGAGCACUACAGGUACAAGUUCAGCCGUCCCGGGGGCAGACACGCCGCCGAGGGCAAGUGGUGGGUCCGGAAGAGGAUUGGCCCCUACUUCCCCGCGCUGGGCCUGCGGGACCUGGAGGACUACUUCAGGGCACGGGAGUGGCCGUCCCCAAGGCCACCCAGACGCGCAGCGUGAAAUAAAGGCAGAAGACCCGGC